AUGGAACAGAGUAAUAAAGAGCACAGGAAGCGGAAGGAAAAGAAUACGGCUAAAAAAAAGCUUCAUACGCAGGGUCAUAAUGCCAAAGCGUUCGCCGUAGCCGCACCAGGCAAGAUGGCUAGGAAUAUGAUGAGAUCUAGCGAUGUUAAUGAACGUAAAUUACAUGUUCCUAUGGUUGACCGUACUCCAGAUGAUGAUCCUCCUCCAGUGAUUGUCGCUGUGGUAGGUCCUCCAGGUACUGGUAAGACAAUUCUUAUUCGAUCACUGGUGAGAAGAAUGACCAAGACCACUUUGAAUGACAUAAAUGGGCCCAUUACCGUUGUUUCGGGGAAACGUAGGCGCUUGACCUUUAUUGAAUGUCCUGCUAACGAUUUGAAUGCAAUGAUCGAUGUGGCGAAGAUUGCCGAUUUGGUCCUCUUGAUGAUCGAUGGUAAUUUUGGGUUCGAAAUGGAAACAAUGGAGUUUUUAAAUAUAGCACAACAUCAUGGUAUGCCCCGUGUUCUUGGUGUGGCCACACAUCUUGAUCUGUUCAAGUCUCAAUCAACGUUGAGAGCAUCCAAGAAGAGAUUAAAACAUAGAUUCUGGACAGAAGUCUACCAAGGUGCUAAACUUUUCUACCUUUCUGGUGUCCUAAAUGGUCGUUAUCCAGAUCGGGAGAUUUUGAAUCUUUCCAGAUUCAUAUCUGUUAUGAAGUUUAGACCUCUAAAAUGGAGAAAUGAGCAUCCCUACAUGAUGAUUGAUCGUAUGACAGAUUUAACUCAUCCAGAGAUUUUAAAUGCUCAGGGAAAUAAAGUGGAUCGUAAAGUGGCUCUUUAUGGUUAUUUGCAUGGUACUCCAUUAUCUUCGAGUCCUGGUACUAGGGUACACAUCGCCGGUGUAGGUGAUUUUAGUGUCGCUCAAGUUGAGAAAUUGCCUGAUCCCUGCCCCACACCUUACUUUCAACAGAAACUUGACGAGCAUGAAAGGGAGAAGAUGAAGCAAGAAGGUGAAGCAUCCACAGGAACGACCACGCGUAGACGUAAGAGAUUAGAUGAUAAAGAUAAACUCAUUUAUGCGCCAAUGUCUGACGUGGGUGGUGUUCUCAUGGAUAAAGAUGCAGUUUAUAUCGAUGUGGGUAAGAAGAAUGAAGGUUUGAGUUUUGUGCCGGGCCAAGAGAAAGGUGAAGGUGAGAAGUUGGUUACAGGACUGCAAACAGCCGAUAAAAACUAUGCUGAAAUUUUUGACGGUGUUGGGCUUCAGUUAUUUAGCAAUGGUUUUGCGCUUCAGGGUGAUGAAUAUCAAGACGAUGAUGAGGAAGAAGAGGAAGAAGAGGAACUAGAUGAAAACAAGGAUCAAGGAAGAGCCUCUUUGAGACUUCCACGGGUUCAUGGGAAGGCCAUUCAUGAUGCAGAUGAAAUUAUCGACGAUUCGCCAAGUGAUGAAGAAGGUAAUGAAGAUGUGGACGGACAACCUAGGUUAGAAGAGAUUGAUUUCGACGAUAAUAUCAACAACAAAAACGAAGAGCUGGCUAUGGGGUCAGAUUCUGAGUUCGAAUUAAGUGGGGAUGAUGAAGAUAACUGGCAAAGAAAGGCUGCCAGCAAGUUGAAUGGUAAGAUUAAUCACCGCAGAAAGUGGGACAUUGGGAAGCUUAUCUACAUGGACAACAUCUCUCCCAAAGACUGUAUACAAAGAUGGAAAGGUGAAGAUGCUAGCGAUGAAGCAGCUGAAAGUGAUAUUGAAGAAGAGGAAGCUGAAGACAAUUUUUUCCAAAAAAGGGACCAAAACAACGAUAAAACUCACAAUUAUGAAGGAGACUUGGAGAAAUUCGUUCCGUAUUUCGAAACUAUCGAAAAACUUGUGCAGAAGUUCUCUAAUCUUGAUGCCAUCAAGGAUAGAUUUUUAGGAGCGCCUAGUUUGGGUGAUGACCAAAAUGAUCAAAAAAUGAACGAUGAUGAUGAAGAGCUUUAUGGUGAUUUCGAAGAUCUGGAGAAUAAGGAUGCAUUUGCUGGCGGUCAAGAAGAGGGAGCCGAAAGUGCUUCGAAUAGUGACGCAGAAAGCGAAGACUCAUUCGCUGAUUUCGAAAAAGAACAGAAGAAAGAGCUUACUGUUGAUGAAGAACGUGAACUCAAUGCAUCCAAAAAGGAGAAAUUACGACUACAGUUUGAAAUGGAGGAAGGUGAAAAUUUUAAGGAAGGCGAUCCAGAGAACGAGUAUGAUACUUGGUAUGAGCUACAAAAAGCUAAGAUCGCAAAGCAACUAGAUAUCAACAAUGCCGAAUUUGAGAGUAUGACUCCCGAACAACGUCAAGCCAUUGAGGGUUACAAAGCAGGCUCUUACGUGCGUGUAGUUUUCGAUAAAGUACCUAUGGAGUUUGUCGAAAACUUCGACCCCAGAGUACCAGUUAUCAUUGGUGGGUUAUUGCCUACCGAGCUUAAAUUCGGUAUUAUCAGUGCUAGAGUAAGAAGACAUCGUUGGCAUAAGAAGAUCCUAAAGACUAAUGAUCCUUUAGUUUUGUCUUUAGGUUGGAGAAGAUUUCAAACCUUGCCUGUAUACACAACCAGUGACUCGCGGACAAGGACGAGGAUGUUAAAAUACACUCCAGAGCAUACAUUCUGUGGAGCUAAUUUCUACGGUCCAUUGUGUUCCCCUAACACACCUUUCUGUGGUGUGCAAAUUGUCGCUAAUAGCGACACUGGUGCAGGAUUUAGAAUUGCUGCCACUGGUAUCGUUGAAGAGAUUGAUGCAAGUGCAGAAAUCGUGAAGAAGUUGAAAUUAGUGGGUUUCCCAUACAAGAUUUUCAAGAAUACAGCAUUUAUAAAAGACAUGUUUUCGAGCGCCAUGGAAGUUGCAAGAUUCGAAGGUGCGCAGAUCAAGACUGUCUCUGGUAUUCGUGGUGAAAUCAAGAGAGCACUUUCGAAACCUGAGGGUCACUUCAGAGCUACGUUUGAGGACAAAAUCCUGAUGAGUGAUAUUGUUAUACUGAGGUCAUGGUACCCAGUACACGUCAAAAGAUUCUACAAUCCUGUUACAUCGCUGCUAUUGAAAAAUAAGACAGAGUGGAAGGGUAUGAGACUCACAGGACAGAUCAGAGCCGCCCAAAAUAUUGAAACUCCUUCGAACCCUGAUAGUGCCUACAAGAAAGUUGAAAGAGCCGACAGACAAUUCAAUGGUUUGAAGGUUCCUAAGGCUGUUACAAAAGACUUACCGUUCAAAUCACAGGUCCACCAAAUGAAGCCACAAAGGAAAAAGACUUACAUGGCUAAGAGAGCUGUUGUAUUGGGCGGUGAGGAGAAGAAGGCGCGUACAUUCAUACAAAACGUGCUGACCAUCUCGAAGGAUAAAGAACAAAGAAAGAAGGCCAAGAAACAGGAUCAACGUAAGGAGAGGCUAAAGAGAUUGGCCAAAGCAGAGGAAGAGAAAUCGCAGAAAGACAAGGAGAAGAAAAAGGAAUACUUUGCAUCGCAUCCUAAGAAAAGAUCAGCAGGUGACGAUGACAAUGGAUCAUCCGGGAAGAGAAGAAGGUAA